AUGCGACCGCGUUGGCAAAGGAGACAGCAGCGGUUCAUUCAUCAUCUUCUCCCUCGGAAGGUGAGUUCGCCAGCCAAAAUCUCACUUUUACACCGGGGAGGGAGUGUUUGGGACCCAAAGGCUAACCGGAGAACAGGGGAACGAGCUUCUGUCCCACGCACAAGGAGCAUAUAUAUAUAUAUUUUUUUCCUCCCCAGAAUCAUUAGCAGAGAGGUGAGGCAUCAUGGGAAACACAACAGCAAGCUGGCCCCAGAGGUCCUGGACGACCUGACCAAGAACACGGAAUUCAACGAGGCCGAGCUGAAGCAGUGGUACAAGGGCUUCCUCAAGGACUGCCCAUCCGGCAUCCUCAACCUGGAGGAGUUUCAACAGCUCUACGUGAAGUUUUUCCCAUACGGCGACGCCUCCAAGUUCGCCCAGCACGCGUUCCGGACCUUCGACAAGAACGGCGACGGCACCAUCGACUUCAGGGAGUUCAUCUGCGCCCUGUCCAUCACUUCCAGGGGCAGUUUUGAGCAGAAGCUCAACUGGGCCUUCAACAUGUACGACCUGGACGGCGAUGGCAAGAUCACCCGUGUGGAGAUGUUGGAGAUCAUCGAGGCCAUUUACAAGAUGGUGGGCACGGUGAUUAUGAUGCGCAUGAACGAAGACGGCCUGACCCCGCAGCAGCGCGUCGACAAGAUCUUCUCUAAGAUGGACAAGGACCACAACGACGAGAUCUCCCUGGAGGAGUUCAAGGAGGCGGCCAAGUCGGACCCCUCCAUCGUCUUACUGCUGCAGUGCGACAUGCAGAAGUAGACGCCGAUUUGGCGCAGUAGGGGGAGCUCAAGAGAGGAAAGUGGAGGAGAUGGAGGGAGGAAAUCUAGGAUUGCCAGGAGACACCCCCCCCACCCCCACCAGUGUUUAGAGAAAUCCCGGCGGUUUUGUUGGCUUCAUCACUAUGAAUCAAGGGAUAUUUAGAAAACGACCC